AUCAUGUAAUAAAACAAAAUAAAAUACGUACAAUUGCAAAUUAAUUAUUGUCGACUGUUGUCUGUAAGCUUCAAUUCAGUACAGACAUGGCUAUGGCUGUUCUUGUUUCCAAUAUUGUCAUCUUUGUUUGCAGCAGCAGCAUCAUCUUAAUCGAUGCCCAAAUUGGUUCCAGAAUUCCAACCAUAGCCUUCAACCAGGGUUUCAGAAACCUUUGGGGAUCUUCCCACCAAACCCUAGAUGACUCUGGCACUCUCACCAUUUGGCUCGACAGAACCUCUGGGAGUGGAUUUAAAUCACUGAGGUCAUACUCCUCUGGUUAUUUCGGAGCUAACAUAAAACUUCAGUCGGGUUACACUGCCGGAGUCAUUACAUCACUUUAUCUUUCGAACAACGAAGCCCGUCCCGGGAACCACGACGAGAUCGACAUCGAGUUCCUCGGGACGACUCAGGACAAGCCGUAUGUUCUUCAGACAAAUGUUUACAUAAGAGGGAGCGGCGAUGGCCAUAUUAUCGGGAGAGAGAUGAAAUUCCAUCUCUGGUUCGAUCCUACAAAAGCUUUUCAUCACUACGCCAUUAUUUGGAAUCCAUCUGAAAUCAUAUUUUUGGUGGACGGCGUGCCCAUAAGAAAGUAUCCAAAGAAGAGCGAGGAGACUUUUCCGGCGGCGGCGCGGCCCAUGUGGGUGUACGGAUCGAUCUGGGACGCCUCCUCCUGGGCCACCGACCACGGCCGUUACAAGGCCGACUAUUCCUACCAACCCUUCGUUGCCAAGUACAACUCCUUCAAGAUCGGCCGCGCCGCCGCCGCCGGAGGGCUGAGCCGCCAGCAAGAGGCGGCGCUGACAGACGCCCAGAGCAAGUACAUGAUCUACGAUUACUGCCGCGACCCGCAGAGAGAUCACCACCUCACCCCCGAGUGCUAUUAAUUAAUUUAUUUAUUUAUUAAUAAAUUAUGGGCCCCACUCGAUUAUAUAUAUAUACGUAUGUUUAUAUAUAUUGGCAAGAACAAGAACAGUGCUUAAAUCAAUUAUAGGAAAAGAGUAGGUGGAAAUGUAAGUGAUGAAUGUCCCCUAAAUUUGUGUUUUUUUUUU